AUGUUGUUUCCCGUCGGCCUCGUCGUCUUCGUGUGCAGCGCAGCGGCUCGACCCCCGCAGGACUCCAGCGCGCAGCCCGGGGAGGUGCGCUCCGCCGCCAUCAAGAGGCUCCUGGAGGUGUUCGGCAUGGAGGACCCCCCGGACAUACACGGACACAAGCAGCCGCCGCAGUACAUGCUCGACCUGUACAACGCCGUGGCCGACGUGAACGGCGUGACCAGAGACCCGGAUCUGCUGGAGGGCAACAUAGUGCGGAGUUUCUUUGACAAAUCGCGGAGUGAACAAGUGGAGUUCAGGUUCAAUUUGUCAUCAGUAGCCAGAACAGAGAAGAUCCUGGUGGCCGAGCUUCAUCUUUUCAAGCUUCGUCCUCAGUCAACACAAACCGUCAACAGGCAUCACUUCUGCCAGGUCAGCAUUUACCAGCAGCUCUCCGGAGGCCACGCCAACGGCACCCAGAGGCAGAAGCUGCUGGCCUCUCGGCUCAUGCCCGUCCACUCCUCAGGCUGGGAGGUGUUCCAUAUCACAGAAGCAGUCAGCUCCUGGAUGAUGGACGAAGGCGGGAACAUCGCGCUCCUUGUGGUGGUCCAGAACCUGGCAGGGGGACCGAUGGAUAAGAAGCUGGUCCGCUUCGCCUCAGGGCGCAGCCACCACCAGAGUAAACAGCCCAUGAUGGUUCUCUUCACUGACGACGGCCGCCGAUCCACCAUCCAGAAGAGCACAGAUCUGAACGACACGGCGUCCAGCCUGCCUCAGGCGGCCUCGCCGUCCCGCAGCGCCCGCUCUCUGGGCCCCGCGGCGAAGGACGGCGGCUCCACGCACUGCCAGCGCCGCCCUCUCUUCGUGGACUUCGAGGAGAUCGGCUGGUCGGACUGGAUCGUGUCUCCCAAGGGCUACAACGCCUACUACUGCAAGGGCUUCUGCUCCUUCCCCCUGGGCCAGAGCAUGGUGGCCACCAACCACGCCACCGUGCAGUCCAUCAUCAACGCCCUGAAGCUGGUGGAGGGCGUGGGGAUGCCCUGCUGCGUGCCCGACGAGCUCUUCUCCAUCAGCCUGCUGUACUUCGACGAGGACGAGAACGUGGUGCUGAAGCAGUACAACGACAUGGUGGUGGGGACCUGCGGCUGCCACUGA